AUGGUCAGGGCUUUGCCCUCCGUCCUUGUUGCGAAGCUUGCCCAUUUCCUGUUGUUGAGGGCCGCUGUGGGAGAGGAGUUUGUUCAUGAAACAUCUGCAAGUCGCAAGCUCUUGCUGGCGUCAUUAAUCAUCAUGAUGGAUUGUCGCAUGAUCUGUGAGAUGGUCGCAGCGGUCUCCCAACAGCCCCAGCAGCACGUUCUGGAAAUUUUGAUUAUCUCCGCAGCGUUGACCUUGGGAUUGUAUUGGUUGUUGCAAGAAUGCAAGGACAGUCUCCAGCACCUUUCAACAGUGACCAUGUCAAGUCUGGAAGACCAAGAUGAAUCAGAUGAAGUGUGCGACCACAAUGGGUGGAGCACAGUGCAAGUCCUGACUUCGAGGCUUGAUUUGCAGUUUGCUCCGCCAGUGUUGCAGCUGGUAGUCUUGGUUUCGGAGGGGUUCGGAACGCCAGGCCUACUUUCUCGGCCGGUCUUCGGCGUGGCCUUUGUGCUCGUGUACGAAUUGUCGCUGUUGCCACCGCAUGAAAGCGGAGCAUUUCAUUUUCUGCUCUUCUUUUGGAUGGCCAUCUUCUUCUACGAGUACUUCACAUGGCUUCUGUUGCUUUGGCUCCUGUGUCAGGUCAUGUUUUGUGCAGUGACCGGUGUGUCGCACGCGCUGGAACUUGGAGUUCGUGGGGCAACGUGUGCGGCCUACGUCCAUUUGUGCGAAGUGAUGCAACUGCGGAUCGGGCUUCUUGCAGUGAUGGGCAUCGUGAAGUUCAUGAUGUUUUUCAUUGUCUGGAAUUUUGGCUCUAUGGCAUGUGCUCUGGUUGGACAGCAUGUCAACGACAGCUUGCGGAUGGCGAUGGACGCAUUGCAUACCCGAGAUAAAGUUUCCUGCGAAAGAGCUCUCUAUGUUGCUUCGUUUUUGCCGACUACGUACCAGAUUUCCGCAAUUGCGAUCGGCACAUUUGGCUUCUUGUUUCGGCUUGUCCCAUGGGCUUGGGUAUUGAGAGCCCCGACUUUCUACCGCCGUUUCACCAAGAAGCUGGACCUGGUGCAAGAUUCAGUUUGCGGUACACUUCUCUCAACAGGCUCCAGCAAGAUCGCGGAGGCAUGGUUCCACAUCCAUCAGAGGCGAAAAUCGGUCAUGGAGAUGUUGGACAUUUCAUUCUCGUGUCCAUGCAGCACUGAUGAAUCGCCUUGUAUUGAGUAUGACAACUAUAUUCUUGAGGAGAUAUUCAAAGGAAAGAAAUCACGGCUUCCCGGCAUCAUUUCAGCCAAAGCUAGCCGGGAAGCAGCUGCGGGCAUUGUGGAAGGAGAGACUUUACGUCACUGCUCCUCGCCAGAUUGCCCUGGCACGUGGAGGGUGCAGGUCGGGGACGGCGAGCAGCCAGAACGCCAAUGCCGUUCCUGCAAGGCCUGCAACAGGGUCACCUGCACAAGUUGUGGAUACCCCUGGUAUGCCUUAGAUUUGGUCAUCGACCGUUCCACUGCAAUUGCUGAGCAGAUCAUCUUGUUGCCCUGCCUGAGCUCCUGGACAGGAAUCUAUGUCGACACUUGCUCAAGCACCCUUGUCAUGUACCGUGACUUGUUCGGGCGGCACGAUCAGAUGACGUGCGAGCAAUAUGCCACCUUUCUGCGAGAGCAACUUCCAGUCGUCGUUUUUACUGAAUUCGAGUUGGAACCUGAUCGCCAGGCCUUCGAGGUCGAGCUCUUCGUAGGAGAUACUGACACUUUCCAGCCUGGAGAGAGCAUAUCGUCAACCAUUGGAGGACCUUUGAAUUUCUAUCGGUUUCAGAUGACGCUGUUCCCCCAUGGAUUGAAAGAGGAGGAGGGUCUCCUGGACAGGUUUGUGGCAGUCAAUGUGCAGAUGCUGCCUCCGCGAGAGCUUGCGGGUUGCAGCUGGAGCUGCGAGGAAGUCGAGGUGGAGGUGGUGCUUCACAACUGGUACGACUAUGGUGUUCAUUGCUGGGACGUCAUGACUUUUCAGAACAGCGACGAUACCUGUCGCUUCGGUUCUAUCCUCCCCACCAACAGUUUGCAAGUGGACCUGGGCUGGCUGAACUCCGAGAAGAAAGUCUUGGUGGUGGGAAGACUAAAGCUUCCAAUUCCCCGGGAUGCUUUUGGAGAGAGCAUCCGGGCCUUGGACUUGAGUCAGGAAGUCACGCAAGUCACCUUCCAGCUCUCCCAAGGGCCUCGCCUCUUCAUGGACAAGCGCCUGCUCAUCAGCCGCUCGGAGUAUUUCAAAGAGAUGCUCAGCGAGCCCAAAUGGAAGGAGGCCAGGACCAACACCAUCGACCUCAGAAGCGACACGUCCGUCGAUCAUCGCUCUUUCAGCGCGCUGCUGUUCUUUAUCAUGUCCAACACCUUCACAGCUGGUGGUGACACCAACUUCGCUUUCGCCGUCCGGCGGCUGGCAGACAGGUAUCGCCUUCCUCAGCUGGUCGAGAAGAUCGAGGUGGAGCUAGUGAACAUGCUGUCCGCCGACAACGUCCUCGCGUUCCUGGGCCAAGUGGUUGGCAGCGGAGGCCUCCUGGAGCUGGCCUGCCUGGAGAUGAUUAAGGCCGACGAAUGCGAGAUCCUGAAGUCGAAGCACGAGACGCUGGACCAGAUCAUCGAGGAUCACCCGGACCUGGCCAAGCGCAUCAUGCGGCUCUUAGUUGGCCGCACCGGGAAGAAACGAGUCUGUUUCUACGUGGGGAAGAGGUCCUGUGACGAACCUUCUCAGCCAGCUGAGCCGAUCAGCCAGCACGCGCACUUGGCAAAAGACAAAUUGCGGCUGUGA